CCCCCUCACCCUUCCUUCCUCCCAGCUCUCUCACUCUGCUCUCCUCCAAGCCAAGCUCACACGCUUCCAGCGUUCUUCGCCGCACAACACACCCCAGCAGCUACCACCAAGCUCUCCUUCCGUUCCAUGCACCGCCGCUCCCAGCCAGGCUUGCAUUGAGCUUCAGCGGGCUCCUCUGCACCCGUGCUCUGCUGUCUGCUCGCGGCGGUGGUGCGCGUAUCAGGACGUGAGCUUUGGUCUCCGUGUUGUCGUCUGCCGGCUGGAUGGAGAGGUGGGGGGACAAGGGGGCGGCGGCUCCGGCGCCGGGGAGGGCGAGGCGGUACGCGGACCAGCCGUCCUUCUCGUCCACGCUGCUCGACGCCAUAUACAAGUCCAUGGACGAACCCGACGACGGGGUGGCGGCCGCCGCCAAGAAGCAGACCCAGGACCUGCACUACAGCUACUACUACAAGGCGUCGCUGGCGGGGAGCUACCGCGCCAGCAGGGCGCACGCCACCACGUCCAGCUCGUCCGAAUGCUCCAGCUACGGCGGCUUCUCCUCAUCCGAGGCAGAGUCGUCGCAGCGCCGCCGCCUGCGGCCCAUCCGCACGAGCGUCGCCGCCUCCGGGGAGGCGCCCGCGCCCGCGCCGGAGAAGACGAAGAAGGCCGCCAAGAACAAUAAGCCGGGCGCCAACAUCCGCGCCAAGCUCAGGGACCUCCGCAAGCCGGCGUCCCCCGGCGCGCGGCUCGCGGGGUUCCUCAACGCCAUCUUCAACGGCAAGCGCGCGCCGCCGACGCCGCCCUCGGCGUCGCGCGCGGUGGCGGCGGAGUCCGCGUGCUCCACGGCGUCCUCCUACUCCCGCUCCUGCCUCAGCAAGACGCCGUCCACGCGGGGCCAGCCGAAGCGCACCGUGCGGUUCAUGGACAGCGACAGCGAGGCGGCGGCCGCGGUGCCAGCCGCGGGCGUCGAGCGCCGGCGGGUCCAGGUCGGGGUGGUGGAGCUGGAGCGGAUGCUGCUCCACCGGAUGGAGAUGGACAGCGACGAGGACGACGAGGACGAGGAGAGCAGCGACGCCAGCUCCGACCUGUUCGAGCUCGAGAACUUGGCGGCCGUCGCGCCGGCCGCUGGCGGGGCCUCCGCGUACAGGGACGAGCUGCCGGUGUACGAGACGACGAGGGUCGUGCUGAACCGCGCCAUUGGCCACGGGUACGCGCACGGGAGGAGUACCAGAGUGGUGUGAUUUUUUCUUCUGGAUUGGGGGGCGGGUAACUGUAAAAUGGUGGAGUAACUGUAAAAUACGAGUGGUGUGGUUUGGGAGGGAAAUGAGGAUUGGGGCAACAAGUGCUUGCUACUCUGAUGAGAUCUACUGCUAGUGAUCUUUGGGAGGCUUUCUUGGACCUUUUCCCCCUUUUAUUUUUUUUCAGUGUAAUUGUGCGGUUAGUACUAAUUCUAGUGGAGUACCUCAGCAAA